UUUUUCUUAUGUGCUUUCCUAACCUUAUAACUUGGAUAAAAGGAAUAGAGGAACCCAAAAUAACUAUUCCAAACUCAAAUCAUCUGCAGAAUGAGCUUCACAGUCACCAAACCCUCUAUUCCUAGUCCUACAUUGGAAUUGCACCCUUUCACUAAAUCACUUAGGCAUUGUUCAACCUCACCUUUUGGAAAUGCAAGCAGGAGGCACCAGAUUCAAAGAAAUUGUGGUAUUAGAGUGAAGGCACUCCCAGAUUGGCCAUUAAUGGCAGUAUUAGUUGAGCAUAUGGAAGGUCAAAGAGACCUCAUAACUCAUAAAUCUGUUUGGCAUCUUAGUGAUGAAGCCAUGAAGAAUGUUUACACAUUUUACAUCAUGUUCACUGUUUGGGGAUGCUGUUUCUUCGGUUCUACCAAAGAUCCUUACUAUGAUUCAGAACAAUACAGAGGAGAUGGAGGUGAUGGUACUGGACAUUGGGUCUAUGAGAAGCAAGAAGACAUUGAAGAAGAAGCAAGAGCAGCACUGUGGCGCGAUGAACUGAUAGAGGAGAUUGAACAAAAGGUUGGGAAUCUUCGAGAGCUUGAAGAAGCUGGGAAGAAGGAACAGUUAGUCAAAUGAUCAUCUCUAUAUGUGCUAAGAACAAACUUUAUUAUGCUUCCCAGUUAUGUAUAUACAAUAUAUGAUUUCCAGUUCCAUAA